UAUAUCUGGUCAUCAUGUCUCUUGUUAACUGCAACUAGAGGCAGUAACAAGCAAGAAGAUGGAAAAUGGUUCACGUCAGUGGCGUUUCCAAGGGAACAAAAGGCUGAGCCUGACAUCGGCGAUCAGCCUACGAGGAAUUGUCGAGAUGUUAAUGGGAAAUCUCAGCACUGAUGAUCCAAGACCCACCAUUCCCCUUGGCAACGGCGAUCCGUCACAAUUUCCAUGCUUUAAGACUCCCACGACAGCCGAAGAGGCCAUAGUCGAUGCCCUUCACUCGGCCAAGUAUAAUGGCUAUGCACCUACUUCUGGAGUUCCCUCUGCCAGAAGAUUCAACAGGGCUAUUGCAAAUUAUCUUAAUCGUGACUUACCAUACAAGUUAUCUGCGGAUGAUGUUCAUCUUACAAGUGGAUGCUUACAAGCAAUUGAAGUUGCAUUAGCAGCCAUUACUCAACCUGGCGCCAGCAUUCUGCUCCCAAGACCAGCCUUCACAUUCUAUGAAUCUCGUGCUGCAUAUGAAAAUCUCCAAGUCCGUCAAUUCGAUCUUCUUCCCGAUAAGGGUUGGGAGGUUGAUAUCGAUGCCGUCGAAGCUCUAGCGGAUGAGAACACGGUGGCGAUGGUUGUUAUAAACCCUGGCAAUCCUUGUGGAAGUGUCUACAGCUAUGACCAUCUGGAACUGGUUGCAGAGACAGCAAGAAAGCUUGGAAUUCUGGUAAUUGCUGAUGAAGUUUAUAGUCAUAUUACGUUUGGAAGCACUCCCUUUGUGCCAAUGGGAGUAUUUGGAUCAAUUGUGCCGGUUCUGUCUCUGGGGUCCAUAUCAAAGAGAUGGGUUGUUCCUGGUUGGCGACUUGGUUGGCUUGCAACUACUGAUCCUAAUGGCAUUCUUCAAAAAUCUGGGAUAGUGGAAUCAAUUACAGGCUGCUGCAACAUAACCUCUGAUCCUGCAACUUUCAUUCAGGGAGCAGUUCCACAAAUCCUGGAGAAUACAAAGGAUGAAUUCUUUUCGAAACUGAUGGGGACAUUAAAAGAGGCUGCCCAGAAAUGCUUCGAUGGAAUUAAGGAAGUACCUUGUUUGACUUGCCCGAGCAAACCAGAAGGAUCGAUGUUCGUACUGGUGAAGCUGAAUGCCUCGGUACUGGAAGACAUCAGUGAUGACCUGGAGUUCUGCAUGAAGCUGGCUAAAGAGGAGAAAGUGGUUAUUAUCCCUGCCGGGACGGCUUUUGGAAUGAAGAAUUGGCUUCGUAUAACAUUUGCUUGUGAAAUCUGGGCCGUUGAGGAAGGGAUCAGAAGGAUAAAAGCCUUUUACCAAAGGCAUGCAAAGAAGCAAUGAGAUGAAUAUUUGGUGUUGGGAUGGCAGAUGAAACAACGUCGUGUUGGUUUUGUCUAUUAGAUGCUUUCUUCAAAUCAUUCCACUACUUGGGUUUCUUCUAAUAUUACUAAAUAAUGUGAAAUCAUACGAUCUAUGAUAUAUUCAGAGACCAGGGAGAUGGACAAUUGAACUUCAUGAUUUUCUUUCUUA